UUUUUUUUUUUUUUUUUUCAAUAAAAUGUCUGAACACUAUUUUAAGGAUAUACGGACAAUUGGUGCCAACAUAGACGAAGGAGUUUUGAAAUUGCAAGAGGCAUGGAAAAUGCCGCAUCUUCUUCUUUGUAAAAGUAAUGAAGAAGAUCAAAUAGCGGCUAGGAAUCUUGUUGAAAAUUUAAGAAGUGAAUUGAAUAUAUUAAAGAAAACAUUAAGGGAGAGCCAAUUAGAAAUCACUAGAUUACAAAAAAUACAAACACAAUUUCUUGACGAAACAGUAGAAGCUAUAAGAAUCUUAAAGGAAGAAGUAGAAGAUACUAAAAUUUUAUUUGCUGAAAAUGGAUACGAAGAGGAGCCCACUGAUGAGAACCUCGUCAUUUUUAAUAAUCAACUCGAAUCAUUAUCCAUUCGUAAUAAUGAUUCGUUUGUAAAAAAUUCUGAUAAUAUUACAGAAACUUCCACUUAUGAAAACGCUUUAUUAUACGAUUCUGGAACGAAUGACUCUGUUGAUAAUGACACUUCGAUAACAAAUAAUGUUUCCGUCGGUAGUUUGCAAAAGUCAUUAUUGAAGGAGCAGCCCGUUAAACCAGUAUAUUCUCCUUAUUAUUAUAAACUUUUGAAAAAAUGAACUAAGUUAAUAGUUUGUAUCUUAUUAACUUUAUAUUUACAAAUCAUGUAUAUAGAGAUACCUUAUAACAUUUUUUACGUUAAUAGUAAAAUAUUGCUUGUAUUAAUAAUAGAAUGAAUUUUACUUUAUGAUGAGAAUGAACUGAAUUUAAGCUCAAUAUAACAAGAAGAUAUAUUGGUAGUCAACAGUUGUCAACCGUGUUAAAAAUUAUUGUAACAUCUUUUAAUAUCUGACAUGUGUAAAAUUGAUUACGAUUCUUAAAUUUUAAAUUAA